AUGGCACAGCUUAUGCGCUCCAUUUUGUUAAUUAUCGCUUUAUCUUUCCUCGUUCUUAGUGUCUAUUCAUUCUCUGACACCGAAAGCACAGACUUAAAAGAUGCUGAAUUAAACGAUCUCUCCCCAAGUCCUCAAGCUGACGACGUUCUUUCCUACCUUUCUGCCGACUCGGCCGAAGCACAUAACGCCCCUGAGAACACUGUUACAGCUGAAGAAUUCAAACCUCAUCUCGAGAAUCUUGUCGAAACUUCUGAUCAUCUCUUCAAUCUGGGUAGACCGAAAUAUCGUAAAUUUAAAGUCAUCAUGUUACCAAUUAGCAAAGGAUUUCAUUAUGUUUAUAAGGUUACUGUUUUCCCCAAAGCUGAAUGGGAAAAACCUAGAGUUUAUGAUGUUUAUGUUACUCCUUUACAUAACGAAAAAUGCUUCAAAAUUGUUUCUAUUCCUCGUCAUGCUCCCAGUCAUUGGAAAGAGGCUACUAUUUGUAUUCCAUACCAUUUUCGUUAA